GCCGUUGUGAUGACCCAUUCGAAAGUGGUUGAAAAAGACAUGAGUCCUCCCCUCCUUUGUUUAAAAUGGUAAACCAAUAAUACUGCAUUAACUUUAAUAAGCUGUAUUUUAAUUUUAAUGGAUUUAUCGUCAGUAAUAUCCACUUUCAAGUCCCCGAUUUACCUAGAAAUCGCUAGAAAUUGUGAUUAUGCAAGAUGAUUCACACCGAGCUUGUUUAAUGUUUAUGCGACAUGAUGGUUCGAAAGCAUUCAUCUCAACUACGUUCAAUUAAUUCUAUUUUUGAAAGUCGAAAAUCGUUGAGUGGUGGUUUCAGUUCAAGAAAUCUUUAAAACGCUUGAAUUUAGAAUUAAGUUUAACGAUUUUUACGCCAAUCUAGAGAUAGCUUUGCCAAAAGUUGGGGAGGAGCUUCUUCUUCUGCCCCACGGGCGGAGCUUCCUGACCUUCCUUUUUUCAAAUUUGACCCGACUUAAAGAAAGUUGAAGUUGAGAGCCUUCAGUUAAACGAAGGUCAUGAGAGGUAACACGUUCAUUGCGCUCUGUUGACUAAAACAUUCGAAAUCAUGAUUAUUUAUCCAGCUCCCACCGUCUUCAACUAUAAUUCAUCUUAUUGUGCAUCACCUAUGGAAAAAUAUUUACCCAUAGAAAUUAUGUAUGAUGGCCGUAUGGGCUAUGGAUGCUGCUGGGGACCAAACGAAUUUCCAUGGACGCCUUAUUGUAUCGUCGAUUCGCCCAUGACUCCAUAUUGCAUGUAUGAUGUGUCUUCAAUUAACUCGACACUGUCUGAGCUGUCGAUUUCAUCGUCCGAGGGUGAUUGUUGCUGCAGUCCCGAAUCACUCGUUUCAUCGACGCCAUCAUCAAACUCGCACAAAAAGGUGUCCCGCGUUGAUCAACAAGAUGCAGAAAACAUUUGGCGUUUUCCCAAAACCGCACCACCACCCAUUCCGCUUCCAGGCUGGAAUCCAUUACCUUAUGGACUGGAAAGAUUCUGGAAAAACUCUUUCCUCUGGCUAUUUAUUGAGCUGUACGAGAAUAAUCACCUGUGGACUCUGAAACCUGUUGAAAAACCUCCGAUCGAAGAUGGUAAAGGAACUCCAUGGGAGACGGUCAUUCAUUCAGCUAAAGUUCGAUUCAAUUGCGAGAUGGCCAAUCAUGGGUGGACAUCCAUGCAGGGGCGUGUCGUCUUUUGGUUCAGAAUCCUCUACGGAAUCGAAAGUGGAUUUGUGAGAGGAGAGGUUGUCUUUAAAUUAUACGGCCAAAAAUGCGAGCGCUGCACCUCUGGAGCAUUCGAAACAGCACUUUGGUAUCCGGAAGAGAUUGCUAAUGCCAUGUGGAACCUUUAUUCCAAAGUUGCCGAGAAAUUUUAUGGUCGGCCAGUGGAUAAAGUUGUUCGAGGCUUGCGUGGAGGUAAACCGCGAACGCCCCACAAGCCGGAAUUGUGCCAAUCCUGUAGCGAUGGCCUGCCUUGCGGUAAACCUUAACACUUUCCAUUAAAAUUGUGGAUUUUUUGUGAUAAGCGAUUGAUCUGUGAAAUUCGAAAGUUCUCAUAAUUUUAAUUUCUUCUAUUUCUCACUUUAGUUUCAGACUUUCUUCUCCCCCUUUUAUUACUUGUGAGUGUUAGCAUUCGAAUCUAUUUCGACUUUUUCCUCUUUCUAUAUUUUUCCUUUUUUUUUAAGUCGUUAUCUCAUAUUAUUGAUCAUGUGUGUGAAUGCAAUCGUCUUUCGGA